CCCACGGAAAGAAAGACCUUUCAGCCCAGGCUGGAGAUGAACAGCAUGUCAUGUCAAUGCUGAAUGCCAGUACUCUCUCACACCCUGCUGCCUUCCUCCUGGUUGGGAUCCCGGGCCUGGAGGCCACCCAGUUCUGGAUCGCCUUCCCUUUCUGCAUUAUGUAUGCCAUUGCUGUGGUGGGAAACAUCAUCAUCUUCUUCAUUAUAAAGACAGAACCGAGUUUGCAUGAGCCCAUGUACCUUUUCCUGGCCAUGCUGGCUAUCACCGAUGUGGUCCUGUCCACCUCUACCCUGCCCAAAAUGCUAGGCAUCUUCUGGCUGGACUCCAGGGAAAUUGGUUUCCAUGCCUGCCUCACUCAGAUGUUCUUUGUCCAUGCCUUCUCAACGGUGGAGUCGGGCGUUCUCAUGGCCAUGGCACUGGACCGCUUCAUUGCGAUCUGCUACCCUCUCCGACACUCCAGCAUCCUCUCCAUCCCAGUGACAAUGGCAAUAGGAAGCCUUGUGCUGACACGUGGGGUCCUCUUGGUGAGCCCCGUCUCCAUUCUUGCCAGACAGCUUCCCUUCUGUGGGCACCGCCUCAUCUCCCACUCCUACUGCGAGCACAUGGCUGUGAUAAAGCUGGUUUGUGGGAAUGUCAGUGUCAACAUCACAUAUGGCCUAUUUGUGGCUUUCAUGGUGGUGGGCUUUGAUGUGCUUGUGAUCUCUGUAUCCUAUGCCAUGAUCUUGAGGACAGUCAUGAGGCUCCCAUCCACCGAGGCCCGUCUCAAAGCCGUCAGCACCUGUGCUUCCCACACCUGUGUCAUCCUGGCGUUCUAUUUCCCAGCCCUCUUCACCCUCCUGACCCACCGAUUUGGCCACCACAUCCCACACCACCUUCACAUCAUGGUGGCUAACCUCUAUCUCCUGCUACCCCCCAUGCUGAACCCCAUUGUGUAUGGGAUAAGAACCAGGCAGAUCCAGGACAGGGUGAUCCAUCUCUUCCAGCUGAGAGGGAUUUGAGCCAGGGUGGAGGGUCUUGCAGAUGGGGUGCUGACGUCUGUAC